GACCCAGAUGCUGCUCAAUAUUCCAACAAUCCCACUCACAGAUGUAUUAGGCCUUAUCGUGUACCUCAUAAAAAAUUGGACGAAUAACACCAUAAAUGUAAUACUGGACGUCAUCAUGAUCACUCGGUUACAUGCUAUGUACCAGCGAUCCAGAAAGGUCCUGAUACUUCUCGGUGUCGUCUUCCUGAUUGUCAAUAUCGCGAUCAUAGUGAUCAGCGCAAUAAUAACGAACCGUACUAUUUCAGGGGAGGAAUUCAUUCUCUCCGGCACCCAUGAGUGCGCUAUUAACUCUGAGUCAGAUGCCGCGCGUCUGGCGUCCAUGAUUUGGAUAUUGGGCACUGUAUGGGAGGUCUUCGCACUGUGUCUCGCUGUCUGGAUUGCUGUAAAACACUUCCGAGAACUGCGACGACAAUCGGCAGGAGGGGUUCUCGGAGACUGUUUCACGGUGUUGAUGAAAUCUCAUGUGGGCUACUUUGCGAGCUUUGUUGCUGUUUCUUGCUUCGACCUCGGUUAUGAGUUGUCGACGAUGAUAGCGGACCUAUAUUCCCUGGAAGUCCAGAUUUAUGCUGGGUUUCGUCAAAUAUUCAUGGUUGUGCAUUUGUUUGUGCUGGGACCACGUCUCAUCCUUGUCGUUCGAGAAUAUCACGCUGAGCUUGUGGACGACUCAGACGCAGCAACUGCCAUGACUUCAAUUGCCUUCCAGGAGUGUGUGCAUGUGUCAACUAGCAGUAGUGUGUAGCAUGGGAAAUGCUCGAUGUAACUCAUAGGGUUGCUCUGCAUGGAGCAGGAGAAUUGUGCCAUGUCCCCAGUUUCGUCAUGGUACUUAUGUGAACUAGUUAUUUGGUGUUCUGAAGUAGAUUGAAAUGAAUACUAUCAGGCCGACCGGUCAUGGGGUCCAUGCAUGAGGCGAUGUGUCUGUG